AUGGAGCCUGGGGAUGCUGUGCCUGGGGGUGCUGAGCCUGGAGGUCCUGAGCCUGGGGGUGUUGCGCCUGGGGGCGCUCUCUCUUCCCAGCAGCUGCGUGAGUGGUACUCUCGGUGUUGUCGCCGCCGCCAUGGUGCAGUGGACGCUGGAGGUGCUACUGGAGCUGGAACUGAGGACGCUGGGCCUACUGGAGUUGGUGUAGCUGCUGACCCUGGGGUUGGCGCUGGAGGUGCUGGAGCCACUGGUUCUGGAGGUGCUCGUACUGGCGGUACUAGAGCUGCUGGGACUGGGGGUGCUACUGGAGUUGGUGGAGGUGGUCCUGCUGGAGGUGCUGCUGGUGCUGCUGGAGGUACUAGAGCUGCUGGAGGUGCUGCUGGUGCUGGUCCUGCUGGAGGUGCUGCUGGAGCUGCUGGAGGUGCUGCUGGUGCUGGUCCCGCUGGAGGUACUCCUGGUGCUGCUGGAGGUUCUGGAGCUUCUGGUGGUGCUGAGGGCGUUGGCGCUGCUGCUGGAGGUUCUGGUGCUGUCUCUGCUGGUUCUGGGGGCACUUCACGGCCACAGCCGUACUUCGUUCCCCUCCUUCAGCAGGUUCUUGGUCAGCCGCCUCCUCCUUGUCCUGCUCCCUCCUUAGAGUGUCCUCCGCCUGUCCAGUUGCUGUCACAGCUACAGCCUGCCUCGCCACUCCCUGGUACUUCUCCCUACACUGGUCCGACAGGAGGUCUUACGGAGCGUCGUGAGCCUGAGUCUCGUCCUGUGUUGCCUGAGUCUCGUUCUGCGUCACCUGUUCGUGCUGCUCGCACUGGUCGUCGUGUCCCGCGUCAGCGUCCUCCUGCUGUCCCAGGCACUCACCAGAUGACGCUUCGUCCUUCCACUGCUCCACAGCGUGUCCCGCUGCCUUCUCCUCCUGCGUCCUCUCUUCCUGCCCUUGCUGACCCGGAGUCUGACUCUCUUCGUGCUGCUAGUCCUACUGUCACGCAUCUCCUGGCCACUGCUGUCACUGACCCUUCUUUUGAGUCAGCUGCUGCGUCUGCCUUAGUUGCUGAGCUUGUCGACUUUGCUGCUCACUGUCGUCUAGACUACGCUGCGAGUCUUGUUGCUAAGUCUGAGUCUGUCUGUCCUCCGUCCGUCGGGGGUGAGUGUGCUCUUGGCACGGACGUCCUUGAGGACAGGCAGGAGGAGUUUGAGUGCUUUGCCGCUGCUGUACCUCAUCUCGUGUCCAUGCUGAUUGCACCUGAGGGAGACCCGGAUGCACCAGACAUCCCGACCCCGCGCUCUUACGCUGAGGCGAUCGCGGGUGAGUACUCCUCUCAGUGGCAGACAGCCAUGGACGUAGAGAUGGCAUCCUGGAAGUCCACAGGCACUUACGUCGAUGAGGUUCCCCCUCCUGGGGCGAUCAUCGUCAGUGGCAUGUGGAUUUUCAGGGUGAAGCGGCCGCCAGGUUCUCCGCCUGUCUUCAAGGCUCGUUACGUUGCUCGAGGCUUCAGUCAGCGAGAGGGAGUAGGCUUCUUCCAGACCUUCUCCCCCACCCCGAAGAUGACCACUCUUCGGGUGCUACUGCACGUUGCCGCUCAGCGUGACUACGAGCUUCACUCUCUUGACUUCAGCACAGCUUUCUUGCAGGGCAGCCUGCACGAGGAGAUCUGGCUGCGCCGUCCCCCUGGCUUCACUGGGUCGUUCCCUCCAAGUACCCAUUGGAGCCUCCGACGGCCGGUCUACGGUCUCCGCCAGGCGCCACGUGAGUGGCACGACACACUGAGGACUCCACUUGCGCCUCUUGGGUUUGCGCCUUCUACUGCUGACCCGUCGCUGUUUCUACGCACCGACACUUCGCUGCCGCCGUUCUACAUCCUCGUGUACGUCGACGACUUGGUCUUUGCCACUGCUGACAUUGAGGCUCUCGCCCUGGUGAAGUCGGAGUUGCAGAAGAGACACACGUGCACAGACCUAGGUGAACUGCGCAGCUACCUUGGCUUGCAGAUCACCCGAGACAGAGCACGCCGCACCAUCACCCUGACUCGGUCACACAUGGUGCAGCAGGUCCUUCAGCACUUCGGCUUCACCUGGUCCUCGGCACAGGCCACUCCUCUGGCUACAGGUCACUCGCUCUCAGCUCCACCUUCGGACAAGUCCGUAGAGCCAAGUGGUCCUUACCCAGAGCUAGUUGGCUGCCUCAUGUACCUGAUGACUUGCACUCGUCCUGACCUCGCGUACCCUCUUGGCCUUCUGGCUCGCUACGUGGCUCCUGGUUGGCACCGAAAGGUGCACAUGGAUGCUGCUAAGAGGGUACUGCGCUACUUGUGCAGUACAUCAGGCAUGGGGCUCGUGCUUGGAGGGAGGAGCUCAGUUGUUCUCACUGGGCACUCAGACGCUUCUUGGGUUGACGACCAGGCUACUCAGCGGUCGUCACAGGGUUACACCUUCAGCCUUGGCUCUGGCUCAGUUUCUUGGCGUUCUACACGCUCGUCUUCUGUUCUCAGCUCCAGUUGUGAGGCUGAGAUCUACGCCACAGCCAUGGCUGCACAGGAGUUACGCUGGCUCACCUACCUGCUGACUGACUUGGGAGAGCGGCCUCGUUCUCCUCCAGUGCUGUACGUUGACAACAAGGCUACCAUUGCCUUGUGUGAGGAGCACAGACUGGAGCACAGAACGAAGCACAUCGCUCUGCGUUACUUCCUGGCUCGAGAGUUGCAGCAGCGUGGUCAGCUUCGUCUGCGUUACGUGGCCACUCAGGCCAACACUGCUGAUAUAUUCACCAAGGCACUUCAGUCUGGUGAUCAUCAGCGUUUCUGCACUAUGCUAGGGCUUGUGCUCACUUUUCCUCACCUACUGUAG